UGGUGAGCCUCUUGUGAAACCACACCUUCACCUGUGUGUGGUGUGUCUGCGGCACACCUUGAUUCCUCUCUGGCUGCUCAGAAAUGUUUGGAAAUGGCUCUUCCAUAGCUUCAGGUUUAUUCAACCCAGUAUUUUAGCAUACUCACUAUAAAAUGGGCAGACCGAAACUGUGAAGUCUUUCUUCUCCUUAUAUCUCCCACUGGGGAACAUAGAAAGGAAACACAAUGAGAGACACAGGAGAAGGGGGAGGCGAAAAUAAAAUCGGCAAAUCUGAGAAGGACCAGAGUUGGAUCCCCAAGAUCAUCAAGAAGAGAGUGUGCACCACCUUUGUAGAAGAUUCUCUCAGUAAUGGCGCGCGGUGUCAGUGCGGGGGUGCGAGAGAUGACCACGGCUCUGUGGCUCUUGGAGACUACUUCAGCACAGCGAUUGUCAACCGCUGGGUCAGCGCCCAGCACUCCUCUGAAUAUCCCACUGAUGCCUUUGGGGAAUUGCAGUUUGCAGGAGCCAGCAAGAGGCACAGCUAUUACCUGCGUCUGUCAUGGGACACCCAAGCGUCUAUGGUCUACACCCUGAUGACGGCUCACUGGGGUUUUUCUGCUCCUAACCUGGUGGUCUCUAUAGUGGGCGGAGAAGGCAGGACAAAGGUGAAGACUUGGGUACGAGAAGUCCUCCGGCAGGGACUGGUGAAAGCCUCACAAAGCACAGGAGCGUGGAUCCUGACGGCCGGCCUGCGUGAAGGCGUGGGCAGGUGUGUUGGAGAGGCGGUGAGGGAUCAUGCCACCGCAGCCUCGUCUGUGUCCCUCAACAAGGUGGUGGCGCUGGGUAUCACUCCCUGGGGCUUCGUCCACAAUCGAGAGCAGCUGGUCAACCCUCAGGGCAGCUUUCCCGCUAAGUACUACGUUGAGAACACGUCCCGGGACUCCUGUUGCCUGGACAACAACUACCAGGCCUUCCUGCUGGUGGACGACGGGAGUGUUGAGCGCAGGCAAGAGACUGGAUUCAGAGCCAAACUGGAGGACUACAUCUCCCAUCAGCGCACAGGCAUCUGGGGCAGCGGCAGCAUCGACAUCCCAGUCCUAUGUAUGCUGAUAUCAGGGGAGGCAAGCAAGCUGGAGAGAGUGGACCUCUCUCUGAAGACCUCCAUGCCCUGGCUGGUGCUGGCUGGCUCUGGAGGGCUGGCUGACUUCCUGAGUGACGUCCUGGAGAACCUGUCCUCUGCCCCCACCGCCCAGUCCUCCUCAGAGGGGGACGGCGAGGCGGGGCCCAGCGUGGAUCUGAAAGAAAGAGUGGCAGAACGGGUUAAGAAGCACUUCCCCUCUGAAGCGGAGACGGAUAAACUAGUUGAGCAGGCUCUGAGCAUCUACCAAAACAGAGACUUAAUUACAAUCUACCAUGGAGAGCAGGAGAGCCCCAAUGAAUUUGACACAGUCCUGCUCAAGGCACUGGUGGGAGCCAGUAAACAUCGAGCGUCUGUUGAUGACAGUCCUUACAAUGAAGAGCUGAAGCUAGCGGUCACAUGGAACAGGGUCGACAUCGCCAAGAGUGAACUCUUCAAUGGAGACAUCCAAUGGAGGUAUGAAGACUUGGAAGACUCCAUGACAGACGCCCUGGUCAACGACAAGCCUCAGUUUGUGCGCCUCUUCACGGAGAAUGGCCUCAACAUUCUGGACUACCUGACAUAUGGCCGGCUGGAGAACCUCUACCGCUCCGUGGCCGACGGGACGGUGCUUUACCAUCUGCUUCAGCGCCAUCUAGUGGAGCGGCUGGGGUAUGCAGGCCCUGCACCCACAUUAAACCUGCAGGACUCCACGAAAGGUGCAGCAGAGAAUGUACACAGUGGCGGAGUGACGGAUAUUAGCCUUUUUGAGGUUGCAAGGGUCCUGGAACUGUUGAUGGGUGAUGUCUGCCAGCCGUUUUACUACGAAGCCUUGGGAUUAGAACAGAUCUCAUCCAAGAGGAGAGCUCUUAGGCGGGCCAGUAAGGUGCUGCGAGGAGACUGCGUGUAUCGGGACAAGCGCUGUCUCUUCCCCUGGGCUUCGCUCUUCAUCUGGUCUGUCCUCCAGAACCGCAGCAAGAUGUCCAUAUUCUUCUGGGAGAUGGCAGGGGAGUCGGUGCUGAGUGCUCUGAGUGGCUGUAAGAUCCUGAGGGAAAUGUCCAAGCUGGAGGCCGAGGCUGAGACCAAACUGUCCAUGAAAGAGCUGGCCCAGAGGUUUGAGAACCUGGCACACGACGUCUUCAGCUCUUGCUAUCGGAGCGAUGAGAGUCGUUCCUUCACGCUGCUGAUUAGGAAAUCUCCAGUUUGGGGGGGCACCACCUGCUUACAGAUGGGCAUGGGUGCUGAUGCACGACUUUUCUUCAGCCAUGACGGAGUGCAGUCUCUGAUGUCUCAGAUCUGGUGGGGUGACAUGAAGAGGAGCACAGAGGUGUGGAAGCUCCUGCUCGCCUUCUUCUGCCCCUUCCUCUGCUACACCAACCUCAUCCCCUUCAGGAAACAAAAUGACCCGCACCAGGAGGACGAGCGGAAGCCUAGCGAUGACGGACCGGGCCGCGACAGCGACAGCCUCUAUGGCGCCACCGUCUUCUCUUUCUCAGACAUUAAGCACAUUGAAGCUGACACGCAAGGAUCACACACUCCAAGGACCGCAAAAGGCAUACCCCAGACUCACAGACCUCCAAAGCGUCCGUUCAUCGUGUCAAGAUGGCGUCAGUUCUGGUUCGCUCCUGUCACCGCAUUUUUGGGCAAUGUUAUCAUGUACUUCCUGUUCCUCCUGCUCUUUUCCUAUGUGCUGCUGGUGGACUUUCUGCCCCCGCCUCCCGCUGGUCCAGCCAUCACUGAGUAUGUGUUGUACUUCUGGGUAUUCACCAUCGUGUGUGAGGAGUUCCGAGAGACGUUCUUUUUGGGGACAAUGAAGACUCUGCGUCAGAAGAUCAGAGUGUACAUUCAGGACGUGUGGAACAAGUGUGACCUAGUCGCCAUCGUGCUCUUCAUCGUAGGAGUAAUCCUCAGGAUGUUCGACUGGUCCUAUGAAUUAGGCCGCGACAUCCUGUGUGUGGACUACAUGGUCUUCACUCUGCGUCUCAUUCACAUCUUUGCCAUUCACAAACAGAUGGGACCAAAGAUCAUCAUUGUUGGCAAGAUGAUGAAGGACAUCUUCUUCUUCCUGUUCUUCCUCAUGGUGUGGCUCAUGGCAUACGGAGUAGCCAAUCAGGCUUUGCUGUACUCCUACGACCCCAGCUUGGAGCGCAUCUUUCGCCGGGUUUUCUACAGGCCGUACUUGCACAUCUUCGGACAGAUUCCUGUGGAAGAGAUGGAUGUGGGGAAGGCCUGGGACAUGCCUUGCACACACAACGUGACAUUGAUUAAGAUGGGCGAGGAGCCCUGCAGGACGACGUCUAGCAACUGGCUGGUCGUUAUUCUGCUGAUUGUUUAUCUACUUGUCACCAACAUCCUGCUCAUCAACCUGCUCAUCGCCAUGUUCAGCCACACCUUCUCUGAAGUGCAGGGUAACAGUGACAUCUACUGGAAGUUCCAGCGCUACAACCUGAUUGUUCAGUACCACUCCCGUCCUUCCCUGGCUCCUCCGUUCAUCAUCCUCUCUCACAUCAAUCUCUUUAUCAAGAGGGUAAUCCGCAAGGUGCCUUCCAUCAAGAUCUACCACUUUGUGUUGCAGUUAAAAGGGAAAGCAGCCAACAGGCUCAUGACGUGGGAAACCAUUCAGAAGGAGGACUUCCUGACCGCCCAGAACAAGAUCCAGAAGAGCAGUGACAGUGAGAGGCUCAAACAGAUGUCUGUCAAAGUGGAUGGUGUACUUAAACACAUGAGUGAAGGCAGAGACUUCGACCACAGGCUGAGGGCUCUGGAGAAUGAGAUGGAGUACUGCUCGAGUGCUCUCAGCUGGAUUGUGGAUACUUUGGCACAAGGCAGCACGUUUAAACCUCCUCGGCCUCCUCCUACAAUAAGAGAGGCGUUCCCCUCCUCUUCCCACACUGCCUGAUCCAGCCUUGGUGAUGCCUUCACUUGCUCAGGGUCGGUAAAAGACAAGUGCCACUGCCAUGUUCAUCACUGGACUCACUUCAAGUAGUUUAAUUGUUCUGAACUGGAGUAUAGUAGCAUUAUUCCAAUUACAAAGUAAAGUGUAUGUAUUUAUGAUGUAGCAUGACAUAUUGUCUGUAUUUUGUUUGUCAAUGCUAUCAUGUUUUUAUUCCUGGAAUACUGUUUCAAAGGUUUUUAUAUAGGGUUUUACUGCUAUAUUAAAACUACAAUAAUGUUUACAGGACACAUUACUGUUUAAUACUUUUAUGUUCGGGCAAACUUAAAUGUUAAAUCAUGUUUUUGUAUUGCAACAUUAUUUUAUUAUGUUCAAUAAAUUGUAGACAAUGGUA